UUAAUAAUUUCCUUCUUGUCUGUUAACGGACGAUCAACCAAUAAGAUUCACUGUUAAAUUCCAUUGAUAGCAAAUUUGGCACCCCUAGAUGAGCCGCUGACAGAACGGCAGGAAGAUGUGGAUUAUUAAAAGCAUUUUGUGCAACUCCCCUAUAUACUAGCUUUAGGAUCAAAAGAGCUGUCAAGGAGGAGGAGGAUAAGUGUAGCAGGAGGAGCGACCGUCAUUUUCCAUGGCAGGUGUUAGCAUGGAGAUUGAUCCUCCGACCAGCAGCAGUAGCAGUAACAGUAAUUCCAACGAGUCCAACAACCCCGGAGGAGUGGGUGGUACCUUGAAGAGAUCCAGUAGUGCUCCCAUGAUCAACCUGCUGAAUGCCCUCCCUCCUGUGCCCCCGGCAAGCCCUACGUCACACAUGAAUAGAGCAACAUUUAGGCCAAUAGAAAGUGGAAGAGUAAGAAGAUUUAGCACCAGUAGCAGUGUGCUGCCCCACUCUUCUCCUCCCAUGAAAAUUCCCUCAAGGCUUCAUCAAAUCAAACAUGAAGAAAGCAUCGACAUGAUUAACAGGGAAGCUGCACAUGAAAGAGAUGUGCAAGCUGCAAUGCAGAUGUCACAGUCUUGGGAGGAGUUGUCUUUGGAUGAACAAAUGGCCAGUGAAACACCCGCAAGACGUCCCCGCUCCUUCAGCGAAACUCUCCACAUUUUUACUUCCCCUUUAUCGUACCCCAGCUCGCCAUCUCCAACUAGAGUUGGAAAGCAAUGUUUCUCGCCUUCCACGCAGUCUGCUCACAAAGGCUCUGCACUCCACAGUCCAAACCCAAGUCCAACACGGAAGUUCAGCGGUACGAGAAGAAGCCUGAGUCCAAUAGUACCGGGGAUAAUACGACCUAGCAUCCUUGGAGCCAAGAGGAAAUUUGACCCAGAUGAGCAGGAUGCGGCCAUGUCUCCCCCCAAGAAGUCCUGUAUGGGGACAGGAGAGAGGGCAACACACCCGCUUCUGUAUAGAGUCUCCAGACAGGAGGACAGCUCCCACUGCGGCAGUCAGCAGCAGAUGCCGAACUCGAGUCACCUUCAACUCUCCAGUGAUUCCACUGGCCAUCACCAUCUAAAUCACCCUGCGGGGCCCCACCAUCUUAAUCACCCCUCACAGCCCCAUCAGCUAAGUCACAGCCAACAUUCGAGCUUCACGUCAACCUCCUCGAAUUUCACAUUCAAACCGGUGCCCAUGCAGCAUGAUCACACUGCCACGGAUUCCGAGGCCUCCGAUAUUACGGAAAAUACGGACACCAGUGAAAAUACGGAAAGCUCAAUGUCGUCUUCAGCAAGAAGUUCCUCUAGUCCACUCUUGUUUGGGUUUGCACCGGUAAAGCAGACUCAAGUAUGAAUGUUAAUGUUUAAAAUAUGAGAUUUGUUUCUUCUUAUUUUUCUGGAGUGAUUGUAAUCAGCCAGUAUUUGAUUACAGAAUUUUUGAUGCCCAUCUGGCCUUGGGUUCCAGUGCUUAUUUAAUUUAAGGUGAGUGCUACAGUCGUUAAACAGGCAAUCUACAGUUUAGGAAUUGUAGUGUUUAUUUUGUGGAGGAGGAAUGCAUUAUGUUGAAGGGGCAAACAAGUUAAAGUGUGGAGAUGCAUACAAUUUAUUGUGAGGUGUUUCUACAAAGAGACAACCUGAUAGAAGUACUGUUGAAGAUGUAAGUCGGAAGCUUUAUCAGUAUAUUUUGUGUCUCUUACUUGGCAGUUGAAAAAUGUGGGUUGUUAUAUAUAACAAUACAGUAGUAAAACUCUAAAGAUGGAUGGAGAUAAUAUCCAUGGCCUGUUCUUUAUGUUUAAUUGGUAUUAUGAAAGGGACUGCAGGAUUAUUUGACUGAUUUUGAUAACGAAGACAGAGAUUGAAAUGUGGGGAAAAAAGCAGAUUUUUGUAUCAAAGAUGUAUUUCUACAAUUACUUCGGUAGUCUAAAGUGAAAGGCUAUUUUACUUGC